AUGGCAAUGGACUGGAAGAAAAAUAGCGGUGCUGAUUUUAGUACACGUGUGAGAACAAACAAAGCCGUUCUAUCGCAGAAUUUCGCUAAAACCGUCUUUGGUAUAUUUUCGAUAGCCAUAACAUUAUACACCGCUAGCGUUUUCACUUUUGAUACAAGUAAUCUAGAAGAGACUGACCUGUCCAUGCGACCGCUUAUUCUAAAGAUGGACUUUCCAUUCAAUAGUAAUACACAAUUUGUUUAUGGGUUGGUAUUAGUUACACAAUUCUUUUGCACAGUGCUAUGUGGCUGCACUGUUGUCACGCUAAACGUUCUCCUCGUUGUCUUGGUAUUACAUUUAGCUGGCCAAAUAGAGAUUCUCGGUAGAUGGUUCACAAAAAUCGUUUCAGAGAAAAACGGACACAGGCUGAAUCUAGCAAUGAUGAGGAAAAUAAUUGAAAAACAUCAGAGUAUUAUUACCUUUUCAAAAAGAAUUGAAAAUUUAUAUUCCGAUAUUGCGUUGAUUCUGUUGGUGUCAGAUAGUUUGAUUAUGUGUUGCAUCGGUUUUGUACUGGUUACGCAACAUAGCAGCAACGUCGCUAGAAUGCUUCAAAAUAUUUCUUGCUUAUUGGGUUGUUGCUGA